AAGAUAAUCAAACUCGAGGAUUAGUGGAGAGAAAAGAAAAGAAUAAAAAUAUCAUGGACGAGAUUCGCCAGAAAAGAGUGCUGAUGAUUCCUGCACCAUUCGAAGGUCAUUUACCUUCGAUGAUGAACUUAGCCUCAUUCCUAUCUUCCAAAGGCUUUGCCAUAACUAUCGUUCGAACCCAAUACAAUUUCUACGAUAUCUCCGCUGACUUCCCGGGUAUCAACUUCUUCACCAUCGACGAUGGCUUGUCUGAAUCCGACAUGUCGUCUCUGGGGCUCCUUGACUUUAUCCUGGAGCUUAACUCUCUCUGUGAACCCCUCUUGAAAGAAUUUCUAACACUCACGGAUGAUUUUGACUUUAUUAUUCAUGAUGAAUUCGUCUACUUCCCUCGACAAGUUGCACAAGAUCUGAAUCUGCCGAAGAUGGUCUUUAGUGCUUCUUCAGCUGCCACUUCGAUCAGUCGAUGUAUGCUUAUGGAGAACCAAGACAAAUGGGUACACCAUGGGGAAGAAGCAAGAUCUAAACUUGAAGAAUUGGUGCCAAAGUUUCAUCCCUUUCGAUACAAAGAUCUACCUGUGACAGCUUAUGGAUCUAUGGAGAGACUGAUGUUACUUUACCAUAACGUAAGCAAGAGAGAGACAUCUUCUGGUAUAAUACACAACUCUUCCAAUUGUCUAGAGAACGUAUUCACAUCAGCUGCAGAAGACACCUGGGGGGUUCAGGUAUAUCCGGUUGGUCCACUCUAUAUGACUGAUUCCGCAACCACAUGUCCAAGUUUGUUUGAGGAAGAAAGAAAUUGUCUUGAAUGGCUUGACAAGCAAGAAACAAAUUCCGUGAUCUACAUAAGCAUGGGAAGUUUGGCAAUGACGCAAAAGGAAGAGUUUGUGGAGAUGGCCAUGGGAUUGCUUCAGAGUAACCAGCCUUUCUUAUGGGUGAUCCGACCAGGUUCCAUAACGGGGCAAAACUCCGUAGACUCAUUACCGGAACAGUUCAGCCAAGCGCUGACCCAUGGCGACAGAGCUUUUGUAGUGAGUUGGGCCCCACAGAAGGAGGUGUUACGGCAUAGAGCGGUGGGAGGGUUUUGGAACCAUUGUGGAUGGAACUCAAGCUUGGAGAGCAUAAGCUGUGGUGUGCCAAUGAUCUGCAGGCCAUACUCAGGGGACCAAAGGGUAAAUACUAGACUUAUGACACAUGUUUGGCAAACUGCAUUUGAGGUCGAAGGUGAAUUGGAAAGAGAAAUCGUAGAGACGGCUGUGAGGAAGCUUAUUGUGGGUGACGAAGGUAAAGAGAUGAGGAGGAGAGCUAUUGAAUUAAAAAAGCAGGUUGAAGACUCUGUGAGAAUCGGAGGCUCGUCUUAUAGUGCUUUAACGAGUUUGGUCGAUUCAAUAAUGGCAUUAUAAGUAUUCAACACGGUAACAUAAACUAAGAAAUUCUGAAUCGAAAAUGUGGGGUGAGAAUCAGUUAAUAAGUAUGUGCCUUCAACGAAAGCAAUAAAAAGAAGAGUUUCUUCGAAAGAAAAUGUGUGGAUGCAAAUUUAUGUUAAUUUUUUUAAGACUGUUGUGGAGUUUUGUAAUUGGUUGAAACAUUUUUUUUUGUAACUCGACUUUCAUAUUUAAAGACAUAAGAAAUGAAUAACUUUACAAUCCAAAAA